AUGUGCCUGCCCAUGGAGAAGCUGGGGCGGCUAAGAGCAGCCCUGGACAGCAAGAGGGGAUCUGGUACCAGCACACGGCGGCCGCCGUCUCUGCCGGCCGGGACUGCAUCCCGGCGAGGGUGGCUAUAUUGCCUGCAGGAGUGCUUCCAGGUGCUGGUGCAGAUCCAAGAAGGGGCCGACAACAUGCUGCCCAAGCCCAGCUUCCCGGUGCUGUUUUAUGAUGGAGGUGACCAGUUUGUGCUCACAGCCCUUACCUUGGAUGUGCUGGCUGCUAAGGAUGUGGAAGCCCUCCCGGACCUCCUGAUCUUCAACCUCACCUCUGUCUGGCCCAGUGACCCAUGGCAGCAAAGCUUCCUGCUCAGCACUGAUGACCCCAACCUCAUUGCCUUCUCUCAGCAGGAGGUGAGAAAGGUGAAGGAUACCUACCAACCCCCUACCAAGGGCUGAGACCUGGAGUGACUUUUCCAGAUCAAAAUGGAAGUGCUGGACUAUGAUAGUGCCUCCUCAGAGCCGGUAAAGCCCAUGAACACGUUAGUUCCUUUGGCCACUUUCAGUUAUGUGGCUGGUCUACAGCUGAUGGUCUUUGAGGGCCAGUCACAGCCUCUGAAAUUAGAGAUCAGUGAUGAGGACAAUCUGAAAGAGGUGAAAGCCUGGGUUACACAGGGCCUGCGAUAUGGGAAGAUGAAGGUACUGGAUAUACCAUAUGAGAAGGUGGUGAAUGACUGGCUGCAGCAGGACAUCCUUGAUGGGACGCUGUUCUUCAGGCACAUGAGAGCUCACAGCACUAGCCCAGUGGUGGGCUGCAUUGUAUUCCAGGUGUAGGAUGACAAUGACCUUCCUACCCAGUCAGAGGAGCAUAUGCUCGUUGUCAAAGUUCAACCAGUAGACAACUUGCCACAUGCACUGUACCCAAGUACUAGCCUGUACAGGACAGUGCAGGAAUACCAGCUCUUUAAGAAAUGCUAUUUACGUUACACUGACCUGGAUAGGGAUGACAGGGAGCUGAAGUACACUUUACUGACACCUCCAGCUGAAACAGAUGAGAACCAUUCUGUGGUUACUGGAGAGAUUGUGUCAACUAACAGUCCUGAGGUGGAGUAUCAACCCCUGGAUCAGGAGCUGGGGAUCACACUAUGGGUGAUUCAGUUCACAUUCCUUGUAGAGGAUUCAGCUGGCAAUUCUCUAAAUGGUACCUUUACUGUCCUCAUGCACCCAGUGGACAAUCGACCACCUCAGAUCAACACAGGCUUCACUGUGCUUGAGGGAAACAUCUUCCUUCUCACCUGCAGUCAACUGGAUACCGCAGAUGAGAACAGUUCUGCAGACCAGAUUGUCUUCACUGUAAUUCAAAUUCCUGAGCAUGGCUAUUUACAUUAUCUGGAGGAGGGUCUGAUGGUGCAAGGGGAAUCUUUCCUGCUAGAUGAUAUUGCUAGUGAAUGCAUUUCCUACAAGUACAGCAGCAAUGAAUUCACCAGUGAUUCGUACUAGUUCAAAGUGAACAAUGGUGUCACAGUUGUGCCAGUCACAGCUGAGAUUGCUGUGCAGCCUGUGGAUGAUGAAAACCCACAAGUGUUGCUCUCCCUGGUGGUCACAGUAGCCAUUGAUAUCCUGGAAAAUGAUGCUACUGAAAUUACUAUGUUGCUUAUCCAGGAUACAGAUGAGGACACGGAUGACUUGGUGCUGUGGGAUCCUCCCAAGCUGGGUGACAUCCUUGUGGAUGGAGUGCAAUCAGAAAAGUUUACUCAGCAUGACCUCAUGAGCAGAGCAGUAGCCUAUACUCACACCACUGGAGAGAUUGGCUUGAAAAAGAGGUAUGAUUCCUUCAGUCUUACUGUUUCUGACUUCUCCAAUGAAAGGGUGAUGGGAAGCAGCACAGUACAAAGGGUGCAUGUGGCUGUAAAAACAUUGCCUGUGGACAGCGUUGCACCUGAAGUGAUGGUUGUGGCAGAGCCACGCAGUGUCCUCAAGGGAGGGAAGAGUACUCUAAUUCUGGAUCAGCUGGAUGUGGAGGUCAUAGAUAGUCCUAGAGAUGACAUUCUGUGCAUUAUACAAUUUAGUCCAGGAUAUUUGGAGGAUGUCUCUCCAGCCCCAGGGUCUGAGAAGUCUAGAGGUAGCACUGCCAUCAGUGUUUUUUCCCUCAAAGAUAUUUGUCUGGGCCAUGUCAGCUAUGCACAGAGCAUUCACAAAGAGGUGGAGUCUGUGGAGGAUAGAUUUACUUUCCAGUGCUCUGAUGUGCUGUCACCUCACCAGUUCUUCCCUGUUGUCAUUAUCCCCAUCAAUGAUGAAAGGCCAGAGCUGUUUGUUUGUGAAUUCGUGGUGCAGGGGAUGAGCCUUGUGAUUGGCACUCCCAUCCUCAGCAGAGCUGAUGCAGGUGAGCUGCUCUUUGUUAUUGCUGCCCCUGAGCAUGGGCAGAUUGUGCAACAGCUGUCCACUGGCACUGUGACUGUUCACAGCUUCACCCUGGAGGAGAUCUAGGAGGCUUCCAGAAUUGUAUAUGAACAUGAUGACUCAGAGAGAGAAGAUAGCUUCCAAAUUCAGUUGACUGAUGAACACCACACAGUGGAACAGAAUGUGCUGAUUAUGGUGAUCUUGGUAGAUGAUGAGACUUCCAGGAUGGCAAUCAACAAUGGUCUGAAAGUAGAGGUUGGCAAGUGAAAGGUCAUCUCUAGUCAAGACCUUAAAGCCACAGACAUUGAUUCAGAGAACAAGAGCCUUGUUUACAUCAUUCGUUUGGCACCCAUACAGGGUUUCUUACAAAAACUGAACAGACAAGAGGAGGUGCUAUGCAAUGUUACCCAAGGCACAAUCGCACAAGUUGAUUUAGACCAGAGGCUUAUCUGCUGUGUUGAUACUGGACUGCAUGGAGUCUGUGACCUGAUUAAAUUUGAUGUUUCUGAUGGUAUUAAUGCUUUGAUAGACAGGUAAUUCUAUAUUACCAUUGGUAGCACUGAUAUGAUAUUCACUGAAGUGAUCAACAACGGUGUAACUCUGAAAGAAGGUGGAAAGAACACAACUGAUUUACUCAGCACAAGUGAUGUUAACAGUACCUAUGGAAAUUUGCAUUUCAGUGUCACAUGGUCCCCAGCCCGGGGCCAUCUAGAGAAUUCAGACACUCCUGGACUACCUGUUGUCUCCUUCACUCAACUCCGACUUGCUGGCAACAAGAUUUACUACAUUCACGCUCCAGAGGAUGAGGUGGAGAUGGAUGAUUUUGAGUUUGAAGUGACAGACGGGUAUAACCCAGUCUUCCAUACCUUCAGGGUCUCCAUCACAGACGUGGACAAUAAGAAGCCAAUUCUGACUGUUGGUGACCUGGUUUCUGAGGAAGGUAAGACCAGGCUGAUCACUCCUUUUGAGCUGACCGUGGAAGAUGAGGAUUCUGUACAGAUUUUGUACAACAGAUAUCCAGUCACAAGCUUUACCAAACAAAACUUGAAAGAGAAUCUUGCCAGCUACAGACAUGACGGUUCAGAAACCAGCCAGGAUAGUUUCUCCUCUGUGACUAAUAGGACUCACAUAGACUUUUAUGUUUUCCCUGACAGCAGCAAGGAAACCCAUCAAACCCAAAUAAUGAGGAUUCAGAUGAGUUCACUAGACAACAGACCACCACAAUUAGUGGUGAACAAGGAUACUCCUACUCUGAGAAGACUUCCAACUGGGCACCUAGACUUCUGGACGUCAUUCUAUGAUUCUAUGAUCACUAGUAAGGCACUAAAGGCAGAGGGUUGAGGUAGUCCAGACAAGCUGUUGAAAUAAAAAAUAACAGAUGGGCCGGAGCAUGGCUUCAUCAUUAUUACUGGCCUUGGGAAUGACAGCAUUCGAACAUUUAUGUAAGCUAAUAUUGAUGAAAUGAAGAUCAGCUACAUCCUGAAGGAAGGUGGUAAUGCUACCAGCGACAUCUUUUAUUCUUCACUGAAGACAGUGAUAUCACCAAACAAAGUAAGAAAAGCUGUGGCGAUAAAUGUGGGCAGCUAUGCUUAUAACAAAAGUUCUGCUACUGGCACAGUACCAUCCACUGUCUUGUCUUCUGACUACAUCUCAUGUCCUGAAGAUCAUAGCAGCAUUGUUCACUUUGAUAAGGAUGAGGCUGAGAAAAUCUGUUGCGUUAUCAUUAUUGAUGACUCUCUGUAUGAGCAAGAUGAGACCUUCAAUAUUUCUCUGAGCAUGCCAGUGGGUGGCCAAAUUGAUGCUGAAUUCCCAAGCACCAUAAUUGUCUUGGCUGACAUAGGUGAUGAACCUGCCUUGUACUUUGGUAACACUGAAUAGUGAGUGGAUGAAAGCACUGCUCAUGUGGAAAUUUGUGUCUGGAGGACUGCAACAGAUCUGUCCAAAGCAGCUUCUGUCAUGGUGCAUUCCAGAAAAACAGAGCCAGUGUCAGCAAAGGCUGGAGUAGGUUAUGUGGGCAUCAGCUGGAACCUGGAUUUUACACUAGGAGUCAACAUGUAAGUGUUCUGAGUGAUGAUCCCCAAUGUUGGCCAGCCUGUUCUGGAAGGUCCAGAGAGAUUUGAACUAGUUCUCUGCAUGCCCAUGAACACAGUGCUUGGAGAGCCCAGCAAAACUACAGUCUUGAUCAAUGACACCAUGACUGACUAACCCAAAGUCCAGUUCAAAGAACCAAUGUACAUGGCAAAUGAAAAAGAAUAACAGCUGUUGGCCCUCAUUCAUCAAAGCGGUGACAUGAGUCACAAAUCCACAGUCUGUUGCUAUACUCUCCAGGGCUCUGCCAGAGUUAUGAUGGACUGCAAGGAGAGGACAAAUACAGAGGAUUCUGUAGUGGUGUUUCUCCCAGGUAAGCUAUUCCCAUUGGAAUUUGAAAAUAACAUGUUAAUUUUUGUGUCAGGAGGUAUUGAAUUCAGAGAAGGAGAAACUGAGCAUUUUGUUUAGGUAGAGACUCUGUAUGAUGGCAUAAGAGAAAUGAGAGACCUUACUGUUCACCUGAAAACUAAUUAGAACGUGGUGGCAGAGACACAAGUAACCACCGUUGACAACAGAAGUGGCCAUUUAAACAGCGUGGCAGAUGUGACAUUUCCAGCUGUGCCCCAGGUUGUUUCACUUCUGCUGUAUGAUGAUACUGGUAAGAGCAAAGAGCAUCCUCACCCUCCAGCUGACUAUCCUCUUGUCUGUGUAACAGCAUGCAACCCCAAGUGCUCAGACUAUGACAGAACUGGAUACAUCUGCGCCAUGGACAUCAGCGAUGCUCUAAGGCUGAACUACUGGCUGGUCAGCGAUCCGAGCAAGACCGACAGCAUCACCAGCCCAGUGAGGGAGGUGGACACGCCAACACUUUUUUACCAGCACCAAUCCAUCUCCCUGGGCUCUAUACCUUUACAGGCAGGCUUCACGCUGCAGUGUGCAGCUCAAACUGUGAAUGCCAAUGGUGAUGUGGGUCUGCAGCUGCUAAGUCCAAUUUGUUCAGUGAGCAGAGAGAGGAAGUGUCGUGGUCUUUGCCAACCUUACACCCCAGGAACGGUAGGAGCAGAACCUUUCUCAGCUAAAAUUCGCUACACAGGUCCAGAUGAUCCUGACCAUCCCAUAACAGUCACAAUGCCCCAUAUGGAUGGAAUGUUGCCAGUUAUCUCCACUCACUCCUUAUCCAAUUUUGAGCUAAUGCUUAGCUCAGAUAGCUCUCAUGUGGGACACAAAUGCUCCAACCUGCUGGACUAUAAUGAGAUCCAGACCAAGCAUGGCUUUAUUACAGAGGAAACUAAGAAUCCCAAAGUGAUUGGAGAAACACUUCCUUACCAGUACAGCAGUGCUCUCUGGUCUGCCAGAAUCCUGCAUUUCUACCAGAAUCUCAACCUUGAGGCUUGCCUAUGCAAGUUUAACAGUUACUACGAAACAUCUGAGCUGCUCACAGACUGCAGGGGCUGCAUUGGCACAGAGGCAGGUACGAGAUUACCCAGAUACUUACACUGUGAAAUUCACCCCUUGCAACUGCUGUGGCCAGUCAGGAAUGUGUCCGUCCUGUCAUCCACAGCCCAUGGGAACCAAUUGACAUCAGUUUCCAACAGUGACCCAAUGGCAGCACAAUUCAGCCGAAUGUUUCUGCUGUCUGAAAAGGAGCUUUGGAUGUCUGAUGGAUCAAUGGGAUUUGGAGGAGGAGCUGAUGUAGCCUUUACCAAAGGAUCUGAGAUCUAUGGCUGAGUGAUGGUGGAGCCCAUUCAGAAUCCCAGCUCCUCCUUCAGCUGCAGCUUGGAGAAAGUGUUCCUUUGCUCUGGUGUCCAUAGCUACGUGCCCAAGUUCAGCCCUGGCAGCCAGCAGUACGGCUGCCUGGCAGACACAGACUCGAGAUCCUGGUAUGAUAAAGCUCAACCUGAGACACAAACAAUAGCUUUUGGAAACCUGCAGUUCCAUGCUACAUUAGCAGCUGAUCAUGCAGAUGCUUUUCCUCUAGUAAAGCAGCCUAGUUCUGAUGGUUUCAGCCCAUCAUCUGCUCCACUCUUUCAGGUGACAGCUGGCCAAGAAUGAUCCAUUCACACAAUUUACGUGAUCCAAUCAAAGGAGAAUGCACACAAGCACAAUGGCAAAAAGUCUUGAGUAUCCCACCACGUCUUGUCCUUUGCUGUAGGAAUGGUUAGCACCACAGCCUUGAAACGCAGCAGAGCCAACCCUGACACCCUGCGCUUGCUGCGAGACAUUGGAGCAGAUCAGACGGGCACAAGCAUUCAGCAUGUUGCACUGGGCCGUCCUGACAAAGCUGCCAUCCUCCAGCAAGAUGUGAUCCCAGGUGGCAUGCCGCUGCACAGGCCGGCGUGGGAGGCCACAAGCAGGUGCGCUGGGGUUGGACCCAUCCCUGGGGGCUUGCCAGGACUGCUGUUUCUGCUCUGCACUGCCAUCACCACCCUCGUCUUGUAG